GUAGCCGGGAGCCCGCGGAUCCCUCGCCAGCCAGGCCCGGGAGAGCGAGAGCCCAGCACGAGGAUGACCCCAGGGCCUGGCCCCAAGACCUUGUUCUUCACCCUGCCGGACAUCGGUGAGGAGUGGGCCUCCGACAGUGACUCGGAGAGCGACCUGCAUGGCGAAGUGAGAGGACUGUCAGAGGGAUGUGGAAAGCACAGCUUUACUGUGAAAAGCAAAGAUCCGUUACCUACAGAUUUUACAAGAAAUGUGCAGAAAGCCAUUGAUAAAUAUACCUGCACAUCCGUGUCCUCUCUUUCAUCAAGCGGCAGCCCCACGCCCACAGAAGCCCACAACUCUUGGUCUGGGACACAGAGUUCAACCACUGGCUUAUCUACAGAGCCGAGCUCAGUUUACUCCUGGAGAGAUGAUGACUUUGAUAAUGCCAGUGCACAGAAAGUACAGCAGUUGUUCUGGGAAGUGGAAGAAAUGCUAUUUGAAGGGACAGUAAGCCCUCAGACUCAGAAUCUCCAAGCAGAAUGCAGCGAGUGGGCGAAGAGAUCCCUUCACCUGAGAAUCUUAGGAAAGCAGCUGUUGCUGCCCAGUGAUGAAGGCUUCCAGCACUUCCCAGGCAGUGAGCCUCAGGCUGGAGCCCACAAAGCCUUCCCCAGUACCUGCCAGCGGAACAGCAACAUCCGAGAGUUGUGCAUCUCCGGCUCCCAUGUGGCUCCAGCCCCAGCCCUGCCAGGCCCAGGGUGUCUGGGAGCAGCUGACCUCAUGACAAGCUCAUCCCUAGAAGAAGAGGUGUAUGAUAUGGAUGGAAAUAUUGAAGAAUAUUUCGCUUUUGACAGAAAAGAAGAGGAUAAUGACUGUCUUGAACAAAAAUCAGCUCAGCGCCACCGGACAUGGACGUGGCCUAAGCACGGACUUCCUCCGGUUUCCCCUGAUGACUGCAUCAAAGAUGCGAUAGUGGCAGAAGUGUUUGAUGACAUCUGGACAAGUGUGGUAGAAAUACUGGAAGAGCUGGUUAGAAAACACUGGGAAAUGGCACUUACAGGAAAGAAACAAAAACUGAAAGAAGCUGAGAAUAAAUCUCCCCAUGUACUCAAUUCCUGCAUUAAUGCUGAUGUAUCAAGCGUGCCCCCUUCCAGAAGUUCUGAAACUCGAAGCAUAGCCCUGAUUUCUCAUCUUAAUCCUCCGCAGAUCCAUCGCUUCUCCAAUAAUUUUUGUAGCAACUUGAAAGGUGUGAUGACAAUUCAAGCAAAACCACUUCAGCAGAGACCUACAUAUUGUGCAGACAGGACGCAGAACGAGCAGGAGGACAGAUCCCUGAGUGCAGGGGCCAGUGCUCUCUCCCUGCCCAGGCCGCGCCUGGGCCGACUCCCAGAUCCUCGCGGUCCACAGACAUCGGCCAAGAAAACACCCGUGCACAGGAGGCUGCCUUCACUUACUUCAGACUCACAGAGGAUAAGGACCCCCAACGUGUACAGUGACGAAGUCCUCAGGGGUACAAAACUGCAAACUGGCACAGACCUUCUGUCCUCCACACCAGUCCAAAGCUCACGGAACAGGUUACCCCCAAUAGGGGCAGAGACCGGGGAGCAGAAUGUGGCAGUUUCUGGAUCUCGCCCUGUUUCUUACAGAGGAAGGCACCCACAAAACCGUGUGUUAAGUGCCAUACCUGAUAGCAUAGAACGAUCACCCCUUCGAGAAAGAACUCUGACCAUGGAACAGUUUUCAAGGCCUAACACAACCCAUACAUUUCGGUCAGAGACACCUCGAAAAAGCUCACUGACUCAGAUGGACUUUGCUGGCCACACAUGGACAGGGCAAAGUUUUGUGACAGGUUCACAAUAUCAGCUCAAAUCUUUCCAGAGGACAACUGUGACUUCCAGAAAGAGAUUCCAAGUGGCAUCCUGACAGUCUUUCACUAAAAAAACAGCACUUGCUGGGACAUUCAAAGCCCUGACACACCGUUUGUCACUUUAAAGCAACAAGUAUUAUAGUAUGUAUGGGUUUCUCUGAGAGUCUGAGAUGUUAAGGCUAUGAGAAAAACACAAACAAAUAAACAACUGAAUUGUGAAUACUUUGCAUCCUCAAGAGACUACAAAUGGAUCUCACCAACUUUUUGUGGAAGAUUUCCCCCACAUUCAGAAGACCCUAACGUGUUUAUUUGUCAUCAUUUCAGCAACUGUAUACACACACACACACACACA